AAGUGUUAUUACUGGAAUCUGAAUUAUUUUGUUUACAAACGUGUCUACAAGUUCUUUCAGCUGAACUACAAACAUGGUUUUUCAUAUGAUUUAUUCAGUUAAUAAUAAUAUCAUGUCAUUUGCAUAAUGUCGUAAAUUUAUCAUUUUGAUUAAGUUGUACUUUGUUUAUUUCAUUUGCUUUAUUUGUCAGCCUUGUUGUAAAGAACUGAGACACAGUAUUAAUUGUUUUAUGUUGUAAUAAAUUAGGCAAUAUAAAUAUGAAAAGGAAGUUACAAAGAUGACAGAUAUUUUAACAAGGUCACCGUGUAAAUUAGGUGAACAAUUAAUUCUGUUUUCUAUGUAGCCAGAUCCAAUAACAGGAUCGAGUCGGAUGAAAUGUGGGACAGCUACGAAACUUCUUCUUGAGACAAUCUGUUUGACUGGACUCCUUGACAUGUAUCACUCCGAGGAGAAUAUUCAACCAUCUGAUCUCAUGCGAUGUUAUAACAUAGUGAACAAGGCCGUGUACAAGGUCAAACAAGAACUGUGUCGUAUCGUCGAGAAGGCUGGACAAUGUCUUCGCUCGGGAGGAAACAUUUAUUACAUUGGAGAUGACAGUUUGGCCAUCAUGGGUCUGAUUGAUGCCUCAGAAUGUCCACCCACGUACGGUGCCACUUUAGAUGAUGUUCGGGGAUUUGUGGCCAAUGGUUAUAAAACGUUGCAAAACGUGGAAGGGGAUCUGUCGCACCUGGGUGAACAUUUUAGAAUCUCUCAUGACAAUUUUUGCACAGACAUAUCUCCAACUGACCGCGACAUAUUAAUUGCUAUAAACUGUGAUAUACCACCGGCAAUAUCAACAAAGUGUACAAAGAAAGGGUGUCGGAUGAUGCUUAUUACAUUUAAAAAGGUAGAGGGAAAGGAUUUUACUCACCCGCUAUAUAUAGAGGAACCCACUACUGAGAUAGACGAGUUAAUUGGGCCAGAAACCAGAAAGAUAGCUAAUCAAAUGUUCCGAGAAAUAGCUGUAAAGUGCUGUUUGAAUGCAAUCAGCACUGGAGCACAUAUUUUGAAAGGAAAAGUGUACAGAAAUAUUAUGAUCGACGUUAAAGUAAGGUAAGUUAUGAAUUUUGUCUCAUUAUGUUAAAGCGGCUUUCAGUUAUUAUCUUUUGUUGGGAAGAAACAAUUCUGUGUUGUUUCAAACUAAGUAUUUCAAUA